CUCCCUCGUUCCCUCCCCCGCCCCUUGUUCCCCACAACCUCCUUCCGCCGCGUCCCUCGUCUUCCCCCCUUCUCCCCCCCUCCCCACUCCUUUGACCUCCUCCAAAGGCCUCGCGAAAGCCAUCACUCUGGUGAUGGGCGACGCGACUCAGCUGUUCUCAGCCUUCCUGGCGGAGGGCCUUCGUCUGUCAGAUCAGCCAUCUCCGGCCUGGAUCGCGAGUGUCGCCUCGCAGCCCCCCGAGCAAGGAUCCUCGGUCGACACCACCGGGGCCGCCUUUCAGAAGUCUCUCGGUCUGUUUGGCUUCCAUUCGCCGGAUUCGAGCAUUCGCGGUCCCCGGUGGCCGAUUGAUUCAUGGUCCGCCAGCGCCCGGAGGUCCAAUCCCCGUGGUGCAUCGGGGGCCCUGCACCUUGCUCGGAGCCUGCUCGCCGAACCCCUGGCCAAGACCAUCGGCUCGGCCCAAGAUCGGCGCCUGACCGAGGCAUUGAAUGGAAUAAAUGCUGCUUCACGGCCGGCUGGAACCCCCCAUCCCGGUCGGGGGUCCGUCCUGCCCGGGACCUUCCUUUUGGAGGUCCUCCGCUGUGAUGACAUCUCCUCGUCCUUGGUGCAGCAAGUGGAUCGCAUCGAUUCCCGGCUAUCGAAGGAGGUUCGCUGGAUCGAGGGUCUCGGUGGCCAGGGCUCAUCAGACGACGAGGAUGAAGACACCCCAGGGCGGCUUGGCAGGCGACCUGGCGGGGCAGCCGCCGCCGAGGUUGUUGAAGGCGACGGCCCCCCUGCUGAUGGCCCAUCGUCCCGGCCGGAUGACAAUCCCAAGGAGUAUGUGGGCCAGUCCACGCACCGGCUGCUCCUGUCGGCUGGCACUCUGCGCCUGGCGGCCAUGGAGCUGGCCCCGGUUGCUGGCGUCCGAGCGGUGACCCUUCGCCCGGGAUCCAAGGUCCUCAUCCAAAAUCCCCUUUGCAUUUGUCCCUUCCACCCCGAUGGCGGUCAGUAUGUUCACCGGACCCACCGGAACCGGAAGCCCCGGGUGCCACCUCCGACAGCCCCCCCGGGGGGCGCUGGCAAGGCCACACGCAAGCGCGCCCCCGCUCUGUCCUUCAGUGCUGGGACUUUUCACUCGCCCCUCACUGUGGACGCCCAAUUGUCCGAGCCAAAUUGCCUGUUGCUCGUGGAGCCCACCUCCAUGCGGGUUCUCUACAUCCCGCCCUUCCAGCCGACAACCAAAACUCCCUCGGAGGAUGUGCUCUUCAUCCAAAGAACCGAGGCCGAACUCAACAAGCGUCGAGUCGCUGCUGGCGUCAAAGAAGUGCCCAUCGUUCAUUCGGCCAUCCCACAGGUGGAUACGAUGGUGGAGCUGGACUCCACCGCACCCUUUGCCCGAGGGGCGGCUCCUGCCGCGUCGAGGAGCGCUGUCCCGCCGAAUCCGACCAAUGUCCCAUCAACCCCGGCCCGCGGCGUAUCCAGCCCAGCUGUCGUUCCAUCCACUCCUGGCAGGGCGAUGCAUCCGCCAGCAGCAACCGUGGUGGACUUGCUUUCCUCGCCGCUGACAGACUCGCCACACCUUGCGGCUUCUCAAAAGCCCAUGCACCUGAUGCAGCCCCUCCGGGAUGAUUAUUCACUUGCGAUCAGCCGCCCGGCUCCCAUUCCGCUUGAAUGUGCGGCCGAGGUGACCAGCUCCUCCCAACCGGAAGUUCAUGCUGUGGUCAUCACCGUCAUCGGUCGCUUGCGACUGGUGAAUGAGUCCAACGCGGCUGAGCUCGAUGUGCAGUUGCUUGAUGGCUCUGCCACUCAGGUUGUCACCCUGACAACGAAGCCCCUCCUGUGGCUAGCUGGCGCGACGGACAUUGCCGAGCUGUCGGAACCCGAGUGCCAGUCGCGUCUCAUUGACUGCCUGGCUGAGAAAGCCCAUGUAUUCACCCUCGCCCGAUCAAACUCGGCCCUUGCCCUCAGCAAUGCCCCUUUCCGGGUGAUCAAUGUCCGGAGGCUGGACCAUAUAGACCUCGUUGGUCAACUGCUCGAUUAUGACCAGAUCUAGGGCAUUUGACGAAGAAAAUAGACACGCCACCGCCA